AUGUUCGGCUUUCAACAAGAAAACCCCCGGGAAUCUGUGCUAUCCGCCUGGACCGUGUCUUCCUUCCUCUCAGAAAAGGUCCUCGUAGAAUCUUCCUAUCCAGACGAAAAGCUUUAUCCUGUUCGACUCUGCCGCUGCGCAGGUGCCCAAAGCCACGUAGACGAUGUAACGCACUACCUCAUCAACCAACUGGGUCAUUCUGAGCUCCCGGAUAGCCAUGCUCCAACUACGCAAGAACGACUCUCAUCAUACAUCCCGGAAAUCGUCAACCGAACGACGGACCAUCUGUUUGACGUGGCUGGCGUAGUCGCCGCUGCAUACAUCCUUCUUCAGCGUCACCAAGACGCGCUGAGUCGGGUAUCCCAAACUGCCGCCGCUUCUUCAUCGAGUCCCGGGUGGAAUGGACACGGACUCUUCCUGUCCGCGUUUAUAUUCGCUGCUGUGGAGCAGACACAUAACCCUCACGUUCUGAAUAACCUCAAGUUUUGGUGCUCGUUUUCUGGGUUUACGGCGCAGGAGGUUGUAGAGAUGAAGAAUCAGCUAUAUGCUGAACUUCAUGGGAAAGUGUGGAUGUUUGCGGAGAUUAUGGAGAGUGCGAAUAAACUUCCGGCGAGGAAGAUGUUGGCUGUUUGGAGGCAGAAUAGCGAGGAUGAGGAGAGUGAAGAGAUGGAGGAGGUUGGGGAGACAUCUAGGGGACGUGAUUCGCUGAGGCCGUCGAGGUUGAAGCUGAAGGUUGCCCGCUUUUCUUCUCGUCUUUUCAGAUUGAGACUGCUAUUCGAUGACCGUGGAUUUUUGAUGAUUUCGAGUUUCUCAUCUUCAUCUUCCAUCCUCAAGGCCUCAACGUUCAACGGUCUUUCCGCGAUGGAAAAUCCCCCUGUCCGGAUUCCUCACCAUCGGUAUCGCACUUGUCAAGUCCGAAAAGGAGGCACAAUGACGCCUCGGAGCAUCUUGACAUCGCGCCACCCUAUUUUAUUCAUAGGAGGUCCUUUGGCCGCUUUCAAGUAUCGCAUCACUGUUUUCUUGUCCCACACUCACCGCUCGCAAAUACGACACUCUGGCCGCUCUACCAAUCUGGCGGCUUUCAUCAUGACAGCAAUUUCCACCACUUCUUACAGCGUUUCCAGUAUGGGGAGCUCUCCGUUCACUACUAGUAUAACGCCAUCUCCCCUUACGCAUUCACCUGCUCUGCUUGACAGUCAUUCUCCACACUCUUCUUUGUACGCACAUCUUCAUCUUGAGCGGACCCCUAGAAGAUCUUCUAUAGGGCAGUACGACACAUUUUUUGGUCUCGACGAUGUGGUAGCUUCGUUCUCGGACUAUCUUGUAGAUGUGUUUGGCUGUCCUCUGAAACUCGAAUCACCUGGCACUCUUAAGAUCGAACCUAGGCUUCAGAACUUUAUUGCGGAAGUGGUAUAUAGUGCUGGCCUCCCAAUCUCUGUCGCCUCUGCUGCUCUCAUCCUCCUGAAGCGACUCCAGGCACAGAUGCCUAAACUCACUAAGCCGUCUGGGCUUUCGGGACACCGGCUAUUUCUCGCGGCUUUCAUCAUCGCUGCGCGAGAACAAUCAUUGUGUUAUGGCGACUCACGGAAGGAGAACAAAAUCUUUAGUGCCUCGUAUUGGAGUAAAAUCUCUAUGUUCUCUACGCGAGAGAUUGACGAGUUCACAUCACAGUUUUUCGACCGGCUUGAAGGGAAUGUAACCGUAUUUCCCAGCCGAGCCGUUACGUUGGAACAGACAGGUCGUCCUUUCGUGAUCAAGUCGUACUGGAGCAUUGCACAUUCGGCCAGUAGGGGGAAUGUUCGAGACAAGUUGCGGGGUUCAAUGCUCUCCGGAGGUCCUGCGAAACGAAAACGCUCGAUUAAGGCAGUCAUCGCUUCCUUUUUUCUGUCAAAGCGUUCUUCGUAG